AUGAAGACUGAGCUCGAAAAGAUGCAUCAAAAUGAUCUCGAAUGUAGCUCAAGCAAGACGAAGAAAGAUGGGCUAAGUGUUGAACCUAUUGCUGAGGAAGAAAAAGAUGAUGAUGAAGAUCACAUGAAAGACGACAAAGAUAGUAAAAAUGAAGAAGACAAAGAUGAACAAGAGGAUGAUGAUGGAGAUGACGAUGAUGAUGACAAAGAUGAUCCGGCUAAUGGCGGCAUAGUUGUUGCCCACGCCACCACCAUGGAAUCUGAAGAAGACUCUGAGCCACAUGCUGAUCAGCACGAAACUUCACAUAGCGAGCAUGGCAAUCCUUCAAAUGAAAAGAACAACUUGAGUUUGAAAUCCGCUAGUGAUAGCAACACGAAUGCGUCACUAAGUCCAAAACAUGAUGACUCUGAACGAAAGGAGAAAGGUGUUCAAGUCGUAGGACCAAUUGAGCUAACACAAUCUGAAGUAGAUACCAUAUUAUCACUCCUAAGAAAGAUGGACGAAGAGCAUAGGGUGCGCUGCAAAUGGCUCAAAGAAACCCGAAAGCAUAACAAUCAGAUGCUCAAUGACCUAUCCGCAAACGUGGCUCAUGUUAUGGAAAAGUUGUCCACUGUACAAACAAGUCAAGAAAGUCCUAGACUAAGUCAGCAAAAACAGUUGCUGGAAAAUAUUAUCAAAGAGCAACAUUCUAUCAAAGCUUCACACUUUGUUCUCAAAGAGAGAGUUGAUCUUUUGUGCAUGAAGAUUGACACGGUCCAUGAUAAAAUGUUCACGAUGGCUGAUUAUCAACUCUAG